AUGGAAGAGGAAAACCAAGAUCGAACUUUUGCAGUUUGGCAAAUGUUUAAUGUGCCCACAAUGGUCUUGUUCAAUAAUUUAGAUCAUGCAGAAGAUGGUCUGGAUCGAUUGUUAACAUCAAUAUUAAAACUCUCUGGAGACCGAUCGGAAGUAUUAGUACCCCGUCCCGGUUGUUCAAAGUGCCUAGAAGUUUAUUAUUCUGCCUUCAAUACAUGGUUGUUGGGAAGACUAUUCUUUGUGUGUUCUGUACCUGAACUUCAAAGAAUUCACUCUGCAAGUAAAGAUGCCCAAUUAAAAGUAUUAACUGUGUUAUGUAUGAAUAAAGCAUCAUUUUUUCAUAAGUUACAUGAAGAAUAUUAUUCGAUACUGCAAAAACUAACACAGUUCUAUAAGGAAUUUCCUAAAGAAAAGACUGAAGUAGUACUUAAGAACUUUACACCUGACAAUGUUAAUAUUCCACAAGUAAACCUUAACUUGGAGCCAAUUUAUGUCUGCAUCAAAAAUAUUGAAACAUGUAAAAACUUAAUAGACAUAGUUCUACAACUGUUAUCAGAAAGCAUCCCCCCCACCCUGAUAUAUGAAAAGAAAGUGGUGAAUAAAAACUUAUUUCAUUUAGCUUUGAAUAUGUUGGAACAUUUCAGUAUUGAUAUUAAAAUAGUAUGUUUUAGAUUUUUUGUUGAACUUAUAUCCAACAUAAAAAGUGUAUCUAUAAUAGAUUUUCAUUUAGAUUAUGAAAGUGUACAAUUAGAUUUUUUGCAUCUAAUAGAAACAUUUGUUCAAUCUGUUGCUGUUUUAUAUGAAAAAGGAGAAAUUAAUGAUAGGUACCUCAGUAGUUUAAAUUUAUUACUUCUUAAGUUAUUGAAAAUUAUACACCACCACCUUGAUAAGAGAAAUCUAGACAUAAUAUUAAAUAUCUGUACAAUAGUUCUAAAAAGGACAAAUAGCAAAUUAUUUAGUAGAGACUUGAAAUUAUUUUGCUUAUCUCUAAGCAACAUUGUAGAAUUUCCUAAAGAUAUACUUGAAAUUCAAAACCGAGAUGAGUGUGAAAUUGAAAAUUUACAUAAAUAUUAUACAAAAAGCAUAUUAGCCACUUUAUCUGAUGAAACAAAUAAGGCUGUGCUAAAAGAAAACUGGUUUUAUAAUGAAAUAAUAGAAGUUAUAAAGUCAGUAAAGUUGUGUGAAGAUUUACAUGAUGAAUUUAUAACCACACAUCAUUUACAAAGAUGUAGAAUUGCAUUAAAAUUAUUGCAAUAUGUUCAUGGUGCAUAUAGAAAACAAACAUGCAAAGAAUUUGAUUUUUUAAAUAAAGACAUCAAAAGAUCUGUAUGGACAACAUUCAUAAAAAAGAUAAAAAACAGAAGUAUUAUGCUUGAGGAUCUAGAUACUAUUAAAUUAACAAUGGAAGUGAUUCUUGGCAUAAAUUUAUUAACUGAAAGAGUAACAAACGAGGAGGUUGCUGUAAUUUUCCAAAUAAUAUGUCUACAAUGCCAUGAACACUUCUCAGAGCAGAAUUUAUUAUUCAGUGACCAAGUUAAGGCUGUGGUAUUAAAAUAUUUGUUGAUCAAUAAAUUAGUAUUAGGUAAAGUUACAGACGCAUGGAACAAAUUGAUAGUCACCUUCUAUAGCUCGCUGUUGAGAAGUAAAUCUGCAAGGUUACAGGUAAUACAAUUAGUACCCUUACUUUUGAGUAACAAAAUUAUAUCAACCAGCAAAGCGAUAAGUGAUAUUUUUAUGCCUGCGUUUCUUCAAAAGACAAAGAUUUACAAAAUACUAUAG